GUGUGAAGCUCUGGUUCUUACACGCAGAAGCUGGAAGAGUAGAGAUGACUAUUCUCAUCGAGUCAACCUUCUCUCUGUCUUCAUUUCUUGCUACAAAUAUCAAAUUUAAUUUUUCUCUUCCUUUUAUUUAUUUAUUUUUUCUUGUUGGUAUUUGCUGCUGUUGUUCUUCUCUUUAAUUUCUUGCCUUUGGGUUUUUGGCUUUUGCUUCUUGUCUCUCUCUCUCUCCUCUCUUUCUCUCUCUCCCUUUUCCUCAGAUCAUCAAACUUCAUACUUUCACACUGCACCAUCAUCAACAACCACAUAUUACAAUAAAAGAAAACCCCAAUUCCAUUUCUUUUAUUUUUCAUUUUAAUGAAAAAGAAGAAAUUAUCUGAUUUUUUGAUCCAUGGACGAAGAUGAAGUUUGUAUUUGCUCAUGCUUUCCUCAACCCCUAUUCAAAAUUUGUCUGCAAUUCUCAGACCUAAAUUAGAACACCAUCUUUGGCCACCACAGCUCCAUAACUACUCAAAGUAGGAGGAUUUAGGUCAGAUGGCUGAAAGUUGGCAUGGAAAUUAUGACACCGGCAGUCCAUCAGAUGACAGCCAUAAGUUUGAGCGAUUGCACAUCGAGCCUAUUUAUGAUGCAUUUUUUUGUCCUUUAACAAAGCAAGUUAUGCGCGAUCCUGUUACCUUAGAAAACGGCCAAACAUUUGAGCGAGAAGCAAUUGAAAAGUGGUUUAGGGAAUGCAAGGAGAGUGGAAGGAAGUUGGUCUGCCCACUGACACUAAAAGAAUUGAAAAGAGGUGAUCUAAAGCCUAGCAUAGCAUUGAGGAACACCAUUGAAGAGUGGAAUGCCAGAAAUGAAGCUGCUCAGCUUGAUAUGGCUCGUAAGUCAUUGAAUCUGAGCAGCUCAGAAAGUGAAGUUCUUUUGGCCUUGAAGUUUGUCCAGCAAAUCUGCCAAAAAACAAGAUCAAAUAAGCAUGUUGCACGCAAUGCAGGGCUGAUACCUAUGAUAGUUGACAUGUUGAAGAGCAGCAGUCGUAAAGUAAGGUGCAAAGCUUUGGAAACCCUUAAAACUGUGGUGGAGGAUGAUUCCGAUAAUAAGGAAAUAUUGGCUGAUGGGGAUAUAGUACGAACUAUAGUGAAGUUCUUGUCUCAUGAGCAAUCCAAAGAGAGGGAGGAAGCUGUCUCUUUGCUGUAUGAACUAUCCAAAUCUGAAGCCUUAUGUGAGAAGAUUGGUUCAAUUAAUGGAGCGAUUCUUAUUUUGGUGGGAAUGACAAGCAGCAAAUCAGAUAACAUUUUGACUGUUGAGAACGCUGAUAAAACAUUAGAGAAUCUGGAGAAGUAUGAGAACAAUGUGAGACAGAUGGCUGAAAAUGGUAGACUGCAGCCUCUUCUGACACAAAUUCGUGAAGGCCCUCCAGAAACCCAACUUUCGAUGUCUAAUUUCCUUGGUGAGUUAGUUUUGGACAAUGAUGUAAAGGUCCUAGUGGCUAAAAGUGUGGGUUCAGCUUUGAUUAACAUCAUGAGAAGUGGUGAUAUGCAGUCAAGAGAAGCAGCUUUGAAAGCUCUCAACCAAAUUUCAUCUUGUGAGGCAAGUGCCAAGGUACUGAUAGAGGCAGGAAUACUUCCGUCUCUGGUCAAAGAUCUCUUUUUCGUUGGGACUAACCAGCCUAUGCGACUGAAGGAGGUUGCUGCAACAAUUCUUGCUAAUGUUGUUAGCACAGACUAUGAUUUUGAUUCCAUCUUGGUUGGACCCGAUCAGCAAACGCUAGUCUCAGAAGACAUUGUCCAUAACCUACUACAUCUCAUUAGCAACACUGGACCAGCAAUCGAGAGCAAGCUUCUCCAGGUUCUUGUUGGACUCACUAGCUCUCCUUCAACUAUUCUGAGUGUUGUUGCCGCCAUUAAAAGCUCAGGUGCCAUUAUUAGUUUGGUGCAGUUUAUUGAGGCUCCACAAAAGGAAUUACGUGUGGCUUCCAUUAAACUUCUCCAGAACCUCUCUCCACAUGUGGGCCAGGAGCUAGCUGACGCCCUACGUGGCACAGUGGGCCAACUUGGAAGCCUAAUAAAAGUCAUAUCAGAGAAUAUUUCAAUCACUGAAGAGCAAGCAGCAGCCAUCAGCGUCUUAGCUGAACUACCGGAGAGGGAUCUAGGCCUUGCCAGGCAGAUGCUAGAUGACGGUGCCUUUGAGCUGGUACAUUCUAAAAUAGUUAAGAUCCGCCAAGGGGGGAGUAGGGGUGGCCGCUUUGUGACGCCAUUUUUAGAAGGACUUGUACGAGUUCUAGCCAGGGUUACACUUGUGUUGGCUGAUGAGCAAGGUGCAGUUUCUCUGUGCCGUGAACUUAAUCUUGCUGCACUUUUCAUUGAACUUCUACAGUCCAAUGGACUGGAGAAUGUACAGAUGAGUUCGGCAGCAGCAUUGGAGAAUUUAUCACAAGAAUCCAAAAAUUUGACAAGAUUGCCCGAGUUGCCUACACCUGGUUUCUGUGCUUCAGUUUUUUCAUGUUUUAGCAAGCCACCUGCCAUAAACGGAUUGUGUCGGCUUCAUCGUGGGACGUGUUCACUUAGAGAGAGUUUUUGUCUCUUGGAGGGACAUGCUGUGGAAAAGUUGGUAGCUCUUCUGGACCACACAAACGAGAAGGUGGUCGAAGCAGCACUUGCAGCACUCUCUACUCUGUUGGAUGAUGGGGUUGAUAUCGAACAAGGGGUUAUGGUGUUGUGUGAGGCAGAGGGGGUGAAGCCUAUUCUUGACGUGUUGUUAGAGAAACGGACAGAGAAUCUGAGGAGGAGGGCAGUCUGGGUAGUUGAAAGACUAUUGCGGAGUGAUGAGAUAGCCUAUGAAGUUUCUGGAGAUCCGAACGUGAGCACCGCACUUGUUGAUGCCUUCCAGCAUGGUGACUAUCGAACCCGGCAGAUUGCUGAACGUGCCCUGAAGCACGUUGACAGGUUACCAAACUUCUCUGGUGUCUUUCCGAACGCAUGAUAGAUAUCUUCCCCGGUGGUUUUUAUUGUUAUAGUUUGCGAAGCUGCCAUUGGAGGGGGGUAUAUAUUUGUUGUAUGCAGAUUUUUCAUUUGUUUUGAAAGAAAGCUGUUCAUUUGUUUUUAAGGAUGGUGGUGUCUCCAUCUACUUGGGUUUCUGUUAAUCAGCUGCAUUUUUUGUACAAAUUGUUAAGGAAAAUUCUGUUAUGCCCAGAUUUCGAUUCUGGAACACCCACUUCUUGAACACCUCUUUUUUUUUUUUUUUUUUUUUGUUUGAGUACAUCGAAUUUUUACACGAGCGGAGGGGAAGUUUGGCUAAGCCAAACAAUGGAGAACCUAAAUUCUUUUUUGAUUUGUAAGGAUUUGUAUGGAUUUGUAUGGACAACUCCCACUUGUAUUAUAGAUUUCUAUGGAUUUGUAAGGA